CUGAACUGCUUACCAUCCAUGUUACUUCUUCUAAAUUAACCUAAAAUUCCUUUCAGUCACGUUUGUUUUUGUCCUACGAGUAAACAUCGCACAAAACUAUUCCAAGGAGAGUUUAUUAGAAUAAAGCUGAGCACCCUACCUGAGAGCAAACCGUUGUACUUAACAGCAACACCAUUUUCCAUGGUGACAGGAUGUUGACUGACUGCAAUGCUGACCUUUGUUUGCCCAUAAGGAUAAGAGAAACAGUUUCAAGAAUGACUGAAGAUGAUAGUGUCAAGAAAGCCAGCAAGCGGUCUGCUGCAGAUGAGGAGAUGGAGGUAGAGACUGUCAAUGGCAUUGAGGGCACAGCCAAGAAGUCAAUGACAGCUGCCAAGCGGAGCAGGCAGCAGCCGAGUAGUGUAGACGUACGUAAGGUACCAGUCCCUGCCCACCGUUACACACCCCUCAAAGAGAACUGGAUGAAGAUAUUCUCUCCCGUCGUGGAACAUCUCAAGCUGCAGAUCCGCUUUAACCUCAGGACGAGAAACGUCGAGAUACGGAAUUGUCCAGACACCGAUGAUGUUGGGAAUCUUCAAAAGGCUGCAGACUUUGUUAAGGCGUUCGUUUAUGGUUUUGAAGUGGAGGAUGCUCUUGCUCUGCUCAGACUGGACAACUUGUUCGUCGAGUCGUUUGAGAUCAAGGACGUGAAGACGCUGCGAGGGGAUCAUCUGUCCCGUGCCAUUGGCAGGUUAGCCGGUAAAGGUGGAAGGACAAAGUUUACGAUAGAGAACAUAACCAAGACAAGAAUAGUUCUGGCCGAUUCAAAAAUCCAUAUUUUAGGCUCUUACCAGAACAUUCAGGUCGCCAUGAAAGCGAUAUGUAAUCUUAUCCUUGGAAGCCCUCCUUCAAAAGUGUAUGGACAACUGAGGAAUGUUGCUAGUCGGAUGUCAGAACGUUUGUAAAUAAAAAAAUUAUUUGUACAGUUUUA